UGUAUAACCAGCUAAUGUGCCAAGAAGCGAUUGUUUGCUUGACUGUAGCGUCAAAUUAAAUUGGUAAUAGGCAAAACACGAAAAUGAGUGAAAUACACCGCUUAAAAUCGCAAAUAGUUUCCCGAUUUUCGCUUGGAGGUUUUCAGAUUCGAAGUGAGGCCAGCACGUUUCUUGCCCAACAACUUCAGCCUCUUAACGACGCAGAACGCAAGAAAUGGAUCACGAAUGUGGCCAAUCAUGUGCAGGGGCAGUGUUUGAACCUUCCCGUUAUAGAAAAACAACACAUAGAACUGGCCAUCAAGGAAGCGAACAAUACAGGAUUAGAUGAUACCGAGACGAUUUUCCGUGUCAUCAGUGCUUUCGAGGUGCCUUCAUUCGUGUACUGUGCGGAGAAAAAAAAGUUUCUGCCAGACACCAACAAGAGAAGUUUAUUGGCAACACCGGAUGGUAAGUCUAGCUACAUUCGCGAACGAUACUGGUUGCUGUGGCAGAAGACAAGCCGCCACGAAACAUUCUCCCAGCGCACGACACCUGGCAUGGAGGCACCGGGCAAUAGAAACAAACUCAGCCUACGGAAAGUAGAGAAUAUACUCUCAACCUCGAAAAUGAACGAUGUUGUCUUGCUGGGAUUAUUGACGCAGCUAACGGAAGGUCGUUAUUAUUUGGAAGAUCCUACUGGAUCGAUUCCGAUCGACAUAAGUACGGCAACCUACUCGCCGGGACUGUUUUGUGAGGGAUGUUUCUUGCUUGCGUACGGUAAAUAUCGCGACGGUGUAUUGAAAGUAGAGGAGAUUGGAUUUCCAAUGCCGGAGCUUGCUACCAACAGUAGAGCGUUCUUUGGAACCGUGAACAGUUGGGGUGGUCCCUCAAAAACGCUUCUGAAAUACUCUCGCAAUCUAAACGAUUUGGAGAAAGCCAAUGUGGAGCACAGUCUUGUGUUUCUGUCCGAUUGUUGGCUGGACAAUCCGAUCGUGAUGGAAAAGUUGGAACAAUUGCUGAGAGGAUACGAUGAUUUCCCCCCGGUAGCGAUAGUACUUAUGGGACCGUUCGCAAGAAGCAUCGAGAAUGUCUACACACUAAAAGGUCACUUUGUAAAGCUCGGUGAAAUAUUGUCCAGUUGUGAGAAGCUAAAAUCGCAAACCGAUUUAGUUAUUGUGCCUUCCAUUGAUGAUCCCGCAGCUGCAAAUAUCUUACCUCGACCUCCUGUACCAGAAGCUUUAGCAGGAGAGCUGAAAAAACGAUUCCCUAGAACUAUUUUGACCACAAAUCCGUGCCGGUUGCAAUACUGUACUCAGCAAAUUGUUGUGUGUCGUGCCGAUUUGGUAACCAAAUUGUGUCGGAAUACGAUACAUUUUCCCAAAGAAGGACUAUUGGAAGAGCAUUUUGCCCGGACAAUUAUUAAUCAGAAUACGUUAGCGCCUUUAACACCGAUUGCGUUUCCUACACACUGGAAUUAUGAUGCUGCCCUCUCUCUCUAUCCGUUACCUGAUUUAAUCGUUAUAGGGGAUCCAUGUCAAGGCUUUCAUACAACUGAACAGGAGUGCACUGUUAUGAAUGUGGGAUCCUUUCCGAAAUCAAAAUAUGCAUUUAAGGUGUAUUAUCCCUCUAGCAGAACAGUUGAAGAUUCGCAAAUACCUGAUGAGGAGUAAGCAAAUAUUUAAGUACACAGAACAAUCGCGAAUAAAUGUAUAAAUUACUUUUAAACAAGUUUUUAAUAUUGCUUUAUUGUUGUUUUGCGAUUUGCACAUCAGUAUACCAGAGCUACCAUUCAAUGCAUUUUUUAUAUCAGUGUAACAUUGUUUACAGCAGAAGUAGGACUUAUGGACAUGGACCACAUAGGCGGAAUAGUUAAUUAGUCGUGCAUUAUUUUAAACUUUGCAACCAUGGUUAUAAUACUCACUGUCGUCACCGUGGACGUUGACUGGCGACAGCGCAACUGCCUCGGCAAGUACUGGGGUCGGUAUGGCUGCCAACAACAUUCGGUGUCUUUUAUUUGGACUAGAACGUCUUAGAACAAUGAUGAAGAAUUUAUACAUAGGCUUGUUUGCGGGUCUCAAAAAGAUAUUUUUAGAUCCUUAGAUGUAGGGUAUUAAGACCCAGGCUAUUUUAAGCACGGUUCGAUACAUUUUGGAUCAAAUGAUCGUCGGAUUAAAAUGGUUAUUGGUUUACUAGCUCCCACAAGGCCAAACUGUAACGAUUACGAACACUAGACCGUCUCCCUGAAGCAAAGUCCUUCUUUCCGUAUGCGUGGACAUAUUAUAUAAGUCUCUGAAGCCUAUAUAGGCUGGUAUGACCGCGUAGGUUGUUACGGCAAAAAGAAAAACAAGAAGACGAAGUUUAUGACAUCUUAGGAAGAAAUGUCGCUUUUGGAUUAAGUUUAUAUACGAUUAGUCCGGUCUCGUCGUACAGACAUCAACUCGCAAGACUUGAUAAUGGGUUGCGUCAUGGGUCUCUCUCUCUAUCUCUCUAGUUGGCCUGCUCACGAUAGAGCACGUCGAUGUGACAUGGCCCGGUUAACAAUAAUUCUCCAGGAUGUUCGGUCACUGUCUGCAGCCUCCCAUCCAUGUAGACACCUGAUCCAGCCAUCGAGUUCGUUGUGAUCCCCUUCGCCUUAUGCUGCACUGAGGAUCGCUGUCGAACACCUCUUGGUGGGGCAUGAGUCCGGCAUCCUCAUGACAUGCCCCAACUAUCGUAUCCUUCGCCACCGUCAGGAUGCUCGGUUCACCGUACAGCUCAGCAAGCUCGUGGUUCAUCCUUCUACUCCACGCUCCAUGUUCGAACACCGCCAAAAAUGGGAACACCGGAGGAUACGUCGCUCAAACACGCCCAGAGCGUUUGCAUCCUCCGCUCGGAUGGUCCAGGACUUGUGUCCGUAGAGGACCACCGGGCGAAUCGAUGUGCAAUAUAUCUCACAUUUCGUGCGGGCUCGAAGUCUUCUGGAUCUCAGCAGCCGGUGAUGCCCAUAGCAUGCACAAUUCCCCUGAACAAUGCAUCUCCGGAUUUCGCUCCUGAUGUCGUUGUCCGAAGUAACGACCGUCCCGAGAUAGCAGAACUCCUGUAAUACCUCGAGAUUGUCGCCGUCAUCUAAUACACUGCUUCCCAGAUGGUCUGAGUCUCCGGCAAGCAGGUACUUCGUCUUCGUCGCAUUGAUUCUCAAUCCAAUUCUUGCUGCUUCGCGUUUGAGUCGAGUGUACGCCUCACACACCUUCGCUGUUGUCCUGCCGAUGAUGUCGAUGUCAUCCGCGAAGGAGUUGCUGAUUUAUGGUGUAGGGGGCCGUAAGCGGUAAAAGGAGUUGAGGCCCCUUGUUGGUGUCAGGGGGAUAUUGCAUUUGGCUUUGAUUCAAACUCACCGUAAUGGCUUGCUGGCGGGGAGAUGCUCCAGAUCCCUCGACUACUGGGCCCCUAAAGUUUAUUUAUUUAUUUAUUUAUUUAUUAAACAAUUUAAUUUAUUUAUUUAGCUAAUCAACACAUAAUCCCUAACUUAUUCCCCUAACAUGUGCCUCAAUCCUGUGUCGCCAAAAUUGGAAAUUAAUAAAAUAUUUUCUUUAAAGGCUUUGGUCGUUUAAUUAAAAUCAAACUGAUUAGACCAUGUAUUGAAUUGCCUUGUCAUAGCUAGCAACAGUUCAUUGUAUCCAUAUAAGGAACGCUUGCUCCCACCAACAAGCAAGUUACGAGAGCGAAGAGGUCUCGAAGGCACGUAGUUGCUGCUCUUCUCUAAUAAACAACGUCUAAUUCGUUUAUUUUUUUAUUUUUUAGCAACAAAUACUCAUUGGUUUACCUUAAAAAGGUAUUCGAGCGUCUGUAGACCAAGCAGAAGGCAACGCGAGCGAUAACUUGGCAAGGUUGUAGUUCCUCUGAAUUGAUGGCAUUUUAAAGCAAGUCUUGUAAACUUCCGUUGUAUUGCCUCUCUAUUGUGUAAAUCAUCGUAGUGCAAUGCGGGAACCGAAGUACUGACCAGUACUUCACCCACCAGCGCACAAGACAAGUAAACAACGACCUAGAUCACCAACUUCCUGAUGACGAUCUAACACAUUGCCUAACAACGAAUAAUUAUGCCUGAUCGUUUUUUCAAGUCUAUGAAAUGAUAUAAUAAAACAAUUAUCAAGGGCUCUAGAUCAUUUUUAUACAUAAAGUACCAAAUACCAAGUAUGUACCUCUUUGUCCGUGGGGCCCUUAUUGGGCACAGAAGUUCUCUAUGAGACUAAUGUACACACUGUUGUGUACCGCCCUGUCGAUUUUACCCCCAUUGGCCACACUACUAUUGGAGACAUUUUAUACAGUCGAGUUACGCGACACUCGAGUUACACAAAUUCGAGUUACGCGAAUUUUUAUUUUUGACAGUUCAGUUGUCAAAUUAGUACAAAUCUCCAUAAAAUGUCAAAUGAAAAAUAAUUUACAACAUUUUCAAAAGUUUUUAAUUACUAAAAACACAGAACUAACCUAAUUUUCUACACCAAUUUCAUCAAAUAAGUUAUAAAUUACAUGAAUGAACUAAACUGAAUCAAAAAUUAUUAUCCAUCGAAUAUAUUUUGGCUGUAAAACGUGAUAUUCGACUUACGCGAAAAUCUGAGUUA